GUUCUAAAGGCUGGGGAUCUUACCGUGAGUCAGUCUGUGUUAGCGCUAUAUAGGGCCACAAUCCGUCACUGGUCCAACAGAUUUCACCAGCUAUCUCCUUUGUCACAAGUCUCGUUGCUGAACAACUGGUCCUCGCAGCGGUUGCUCACUAAGGACGGAGCUCCUCCUGCGGCCAGUGCUGGUAUAGGUUUGGGCAAUACACUCUACCACUGAACAACUAUCAAGGGUACAGACCCACCGCCUUGAAAACAUAUAGCGGCCCAAAAACGUGCUGGAGAAGAACUCGGAUGGUUGGAAGUUCUGUUUACGCGGUGUUGUUAAGUGUUCUCAAUGACCCAUAAUUACUGGAUUCAUUUUUCAUAACUAGAUUACAAACAUUAGAAAAAAGAAAGAAAUAUCCUGCAUAGGUCCAGUAUUCUUUAAAAAAGAAUCUGGGGUACUUUGAAUGUCCUUAGAACGCAUGAAUGUAUUUGCAAAAGCGACAAAAAGUGUAACCGUCCAUAUGAAGGAAAUACGUGUAAAAACCACCAAGCCGCUGGAGAAGCAUUACAAGGGAGAAAUUAUAACGAACUUAAACACGGACCCAACCUAUGUCAUCUAUGAUAGUGCUACUGACACCACCUAUCUCAGGGGCAGGUUACUCGGGAAGGGAGGAUUCGCAAAAUGUUACGAGCUAACCGACCUGAAGACAAGCCGAGUGUAUGCUGGCAAAAUCAUCUCCAAGAAUCGGAUAUCAAAACCACAUCAGAGACAAAAGAUCCUUCGUGAGGUGGAGCUGCAUCGGGAUCUCAAGCACAAACAUGUUGUGGAAUUCCACAACUUUUUCGAAGACGAAGACAACGUAUAUAUCGUUCUGGAGAACUGCUGUCGAAAGUCUCUCGUCCACGUUGUCAAACACAGAAAGACGCUUACAGAAACGGAAGUACGAUACUACGUGAAGCAUCUCAUCGAAGGUGUACGAUAUAUACAUAAUAGGAACAUCAUUCACAGAGACUUAAAACUUGGCAAUAUGCUUCUCAAUGACAAUAUGGACUUAAAAAUAGCAGACUUCGGAUUAGCCACAAGGGUUGAUUAUGAAGGAGAGAAGAAAAUGACUGUGUGUGGGACACCAAAUUACAUAGCUCCAGAAGUUCUGCAGAAGAAAGGACACAGCUAUGAAGCAGACAUCUGGGCAAUUGGCUGCGUGAUGUACGCUCUUCUAGUCGGUAGACCACCUUUCGAAACUUCCAGUCUGAAGGAGACAUAUGUACGAAUCACCGCCAAUUCGUAUUUUCUUCCACCUGGUUUGUCUCAUGCCGCCAAAAACCUAAUCCGGAGAUGUUUGACACCCGAGCCCGAACUACGGCCAACACUGGACGAUCUCAUGGCGGACGAAUUUCUUACAAGUGGUUAUGUGCCCAAAGUCUUACCAACGUCCUCUUGUACUUCCGCGCCAAAGUUCACUUCCGGUGGGUCUCGACCAAUGUCAUAUGCAGUUCCGGUCUCCCAGAAUGAUGCCAUGAAGAAAAUCACAUCGUCACUAAGUCAAUGGAAAAUUACCACUAAGGGAAUCCAGCCUGAAGAUCGCGAGGAGGAGAAAGAGGUUGUUUUGAUUCGUGAGCGCCCUCUACCCUCAGCUCCCUCUCAGCCGGACCUUGCCGUCCACACAAACCCAAACCAAGGCGGGGACAUUGAGCUGACCCCGGCUUCUAAGACUGUGAUCAAAGACAAAUCAACAGACAAGGUCAAGGGUGAUCGUUCCAGCUCCCCCAGCCAAAGAGACUCGACCUCGCCUAGACCUUUGUCGGCCUCUGUUCUGCUCGAUGUCCUUACAACGUGUUUAGACCAUAUGCCAAAAGACGUAGAAAUCAAUCCCAAAUCAAUGGCGGAUCCCGCGUUUGUGUGGAUCACCAAAUGGGUGGACUAUUCUAACAAAUACGGAUUCGGUUUCCAGUUGUCCAACAAUGCAAUCGGUGUUCUCUUUAACGACACAUCACGUAUUGGACUGGGUCCAGAUGGAAGAGCUGUUCAGUAUUAUGAUCUGAGUGGUAAACUGUCGGCAUACACCACGGAUUGUACACCAGGAGAGUUACAGAAGAAAACAACACUCCUUCAGCAUUUUGCUCAAUACAUGGACGAGCAUCUUAUACAGGGUGGUGAUAUGGACGGGUCACGUGACUUGGACGAGACUUGGUCGGGUGGCCUGUAUCUGAAGAAGUGGUUCCGAACAGCCAAAGCAAUUGUCCUCUACUUGAGUGAUGGAACCCUACAGGUAAAUUUUUUCGACGAUCAUACGAAGAUUAUUCUGAGCUACUACAAGAUGGAUUAUCUGGUGACUUACAUAGACGAGAACCGUAAGGCCAACACAUAUUGCCUUACAAACCUCAUUCACGAUGGCUGCCGUCAGGGGAUUAUGGACAGGAUGAACUUUGCAAAACUCAUGUUACAAAACUUGGUGGCUAUCGAAGGAGAAGAUAUCUAGGAAAUAAAAGUUGUGCAAAACCAUGUCAGUCUUUCAGUCCCGACGAUGGGACAUUAUGGUUUACAAACCCAGCCAUUAUGGAUAACCUUGCCUUACCACGACACAUUCCAAACUACCUGCCUUCCUGCCUCGUUACUGGCGGGAUGAGGCAUGUCGACGAGAAAGGAACUUGCAUAUAUUUCCCUCCCAAAUACGAGGGUAUUAUUUUUGCUAUAACUGUUCACCAUUUGCCUAAUUAUUCCAGCCUAUGCAGUCUAGUCCAUUUUUGCCCAAUUCUUUCUAAUUGAUAACAUGUGAUGACAUUCCUACACUACAGGGUUGAACGUUAUAGUUGUUCUUUGUGCCUUGUAAUCAACAGGACAUCCCUAAUAGAUAGCUUUGCAAAGCCUGCCGAGUUCAGAAGUUCAUGUGAUGACAUAAGGAAUUCUAGAAUUCCAUGUGGAGCAAUAGAGUCGAAAUGAAGCUUCUAGCGAUCAUUCCACAACAUGUGCGUGUCCACCUUAUUACUUGAAAAUGGAGUGUUUCGUUAUGUUGACUACGUGGAUGAUGGACCUGUGGUAUGAUCAGCUCCGAAAGAUCUCAUUCUCGCCAUAGCUUGGUUGUUACAUUUUUUUUUUCAAACGGAUGCGAAUAAAAUAUGCAAUGCAUACGUCAACCAAUGUGUAUGUGAAACGAAUGUGGUUUCUGUUUUGUUAGGAAAUCUUCUAAACAGUUGAUGCUCGUCAUCCAAUGGAGACUGUGUGAUAACAUAUAUAUUUUUACUAUUUUUAUUUCUGUUGAUGCACUGAUUGAAGUGUGAAUGCGUUUCAUCUACACGAGUGGUAAAUCCCUAGUUGAUUAUUUUAACUUACUGUCUCAUUUAUGGAUGUGUUUUUUCCGUUCAUAUUUGAUGACGAUGUAAGCUUGUAUUUUAUUGCAUGUAAUAACUAAUCAGUUGAAAAGUUUGCUUAAAGCUUUGGGAAAAUCCAGUGCAUUAUAUUGCACACAAUACCAGCUUAUAUCGAUUGGUUUCAUUUACGCUACUCCCAUCCAGAAGGUAUGAGUUACCGAAGUUACAGUGGUGAGACUGUACUAAGUUUUCGUCCAGAUUAAGUGAGAGUUAUUUUUCUUUUCUUUCAAACGCAAGUCACUUUAUCUUACAUUGAUGGAUAAAAAUCUUUCGCAACCUUUUCUUGCCUUAUAGUCUGUAAAUUUCAGUUUUUUAGGAUACUUUUCUCCUCUUUCAUCUAACUUAACUCUGUACUUUAAGUGCCAUUUGCUCGUGACCAACCUUUUUUUAUUCAUGGGUACAAACGCUACGUAAGAUCUGAUGUAUCAAGAUGGAUACUGGAAAGAUUUGUAUAGAGUGAUUUGAAGCGUUUAUUGCAUACAGCCAUCUUUCUUGCGUGUCAAUUAGUGGUGUUUGCUUAUUGUUUUUGUUUAGUUACACCUUCACUGCUCUAAAUUUUAAGACUAAAUGGAUGACUUUCCACACAAUUUUAAGAAAUAUCUGUACCAUAUUUUUUAUAAAAAUGGCAGUCUUAAAGUAUCAAACUAUCGGCGUUGAUCUCUUUGAAGUGUUUUAGUUUUCACACUUCGUUAGUGUAAUCUUUACACUUACAGUAUUUUUGUGAAAUGUCGAGCCCAGUCACAACCUUUCUGCUACUUGCCACGAAAAUCGUGCUGUCAAAGUGCAAUUUUAUGUUUAUUUCUCAAGUCACGUAGUAAAUUGUUCAUUUUCGUUUGCUAUUUAAUGUAUUGUAAUUUACUUUAAUGUGUACGCGUGGCUGUUGUAGUUAGCAAUUACGACAUAUCCUCUUAAUCAAACAUCGCCCAAGGCAAAAUAAUCGAAAAGGAGAGGCUUUGGAUAACAAACAAGGAGCUUUAAAAGCUACUUGUGCAAAUGUUGAAUUAGGGCGAACUACCAAAUGCCACGUCAACAGAUCUGUGAUGUACAUAUGCAAAAUUUGUUGAGAGUUCAAAAGGGAUUGGUAACUGCAUCGGGCAUUUCCGUUUAUAUUCGUAGGCUGGUUGUAAAAUUACGACAUUGAGAAGCAUGGUAUGUUUUAAGCGGCGGCUUGGUGUCCAUCGACGUAUUUUAAGCCUUGUCCAGACAAAAAAGAAAGAAAACAAAACACAUGCCCGAUAUGAAAGGAAACGACCGAAUUUACCAGAUUAAAUGUUUUUGUUUGCCUUGAGUGAUCUGAGGAUUUGACGAAGUGGUGCUACCAAGUUAUCAAAAUGCCCUCUGAUACUGUCUUGAUUAAUAUGUUCUAUUGUACAUAAUUUCUUUUUUCUGUUGCAACCACAACUUUAAGUUGUCUUUCGUAAGUCGUGUGUAGAUAAAGUUCAAUUGAUAUACCCUGGCAUAUACAUGGCCAGCUGGCGUUUUUGUUACCGAAAGUUGUUGAUUUUUGUAAAUCAAUAUUUACAUACGUAUUAUGAAAUAAAACCAUUGUCGUUGCUUUCCA